AUGGUAGCGGCCUUCAUAGAAUGGAUACUUUUCCUUGCCGCUUUCGUAUACUGUCUCAUUAAAGUAUACCAGAAAGCCGACCACUGGAGCAUCAGAGCUCUUGCUGUCAUGAUGAUCAUCCUUUUCUCAGCCCUAAGGUCGGUCUUCGCCGCAUUUCCCCCUGCUAUGGUGUCGUUUCUUCAGUGGUUCGCGUUCUGGGCUUUUGCUGGACUUCUCACGGUACCAUGGUUGUUCUGCGUUUACAGGAUCGUCACCAACUCGAUAGGCAAGACGCGAAGAAUUCAAAAGGUCCUCGAUGCCAAAACUGCGCCAAAAGUCGUCAUCAUCAUGCCAGUGUACAAGGAAGAACCGGAAACGUUGAUCAAGGCAGUUGAUUCGGUCGUCGAUAGUGACUACCCCGGGUGUUGUAUCCAUGUUUUCUUAUCCUACGACGGUAGCCUCAUUGACGAGCCAUACCUUCGUGUAAUUAACCACCUCGGCAUUCCAAUCUCACUUCGGAGCUAUCCCCAAAGCAUCGACGUGACAUACAAAGGAGCAAGGAUUACAGUUUCCCGGUUCAGGCAUGGCGGUAAACGACACUGCCAGAAGCAGACAUUUAGGCUCAUCGAUAAAGUGUACGCGGAUUACCUCAAGGAGCAUGAUGAUCUCUUCCUGCUUUUCAUUGAUUCUGACUGCAUGCUGGACCGGCUUUGCCUUCAGAAUUUCAUGUACGACAUGGAGUUGAAGCCGGGAAGCAAGCGCAAUAUGUUAGCUAUGGCCGGGAUCAUUACGUCAACUACCGAAAAAAAUUCUCUCAUUACCGUCUUGCAGGAUAUGGAAUACAUACAUGGACAACUCUUUGAGCGAUCGGUUGAGUCCGGCUGCGGCGCAGUAACUUGCCUUCCAGGAGCGCUGACGAUUCUGCGGUUUUCUGCCUUUCGCAAAAUGGCCAAAUACUACUUUGCAGACAAGGCUGAACAAUGUGAAGACCUGUUCGAUUAUGGUAAAUGCUACUUGGGCGAAGAUCGCUGGCUUACCCAUCUCUUCAUGAUCGGAGCACGGAAGCGCUACCAGAUUCAGAUGUGCACCACCGCGUUCUGCAAGACCGAAGCAGUGCAGACGUUCAACAGCCUGUUGAAGCAACGCCGACGAUGGUUCCUUGGGUACAUAACCAACGAAGUUUGUAUGUUAACGGACGUUCGAUUGUGGAGACGAUAUCCUCUCUUGUGUUUGGUUCGCCUGUUGCAAAACACUAUCCGAACAACGGCAUUGCUUUUCUUCAUCCUGCUCAUAUCGAUUAUGACGACAUCCAGUAGAGUUGACGAUUUGCCAGUGGGCUUCGUUGUGAUCUCGCUAGCUCUCAAUUACACGCUCAUGUUCUAUUUCGGUCUGAAGCUCAAAAGAUACAAGGCCUGGCUCUACCCAAUGAUGUUUAUUCUGAACCCUUUCUUCAACUGGCUGUAUAUGGUCUAUGGAAUAUUUACUGCAGGCCACCGCACAUGGGGAGGGCCAAGGACCGACGCCGCUAGGGCCGAUGAGUUUACUACCCCCGAACAAGCCGUGAGGCAGGCAGAGGCACAGGGAGACGAGCUGAACGUCGAGGUAGAAACUUUUCGAUCAGCAGUUGAAGGAAAAGGAGUGCCUGUCCACCCGUGGAAGAAAGUCACCGGACGCUUCUCAAAUGGAGAUCUUAUGCCUAUUAAAGGAGGGAUGGUCAAUGAUACCGAGGCUGGCUUGACGAAGUUCUUGUCGCCCCUUCCAGAAAUACCUCAGAUUGGCCUACAUCCACCGUGGUCCACAGAGUCCGUACUGUCUUCUGUGGAAUCUAUCGAGAUGCCACAUAACGUCGAGAGCCUGAUGAAUGACGAGAAAUAUUACCUUAGUCGCAAGGCUCAAGAGACCUCAACGCCUCGUCGCAGCGUAGAGUCAUUUCACGAUUCUCAGAACACAAAUGAUCCCCGACUACCAAUUCCAAGCGGUGAUGGCAACCGUGCCAUCAUAGAAAACAGAUUGGCCAGUCCAGCGCCGUCACUGGAUUCGACAACAACAGCAACAGAAGCCACCAAGUCAGUGGAGACACCAGAAGAUUGUCAAACUACGGGGUCAUCAUGUCCACCGAACGAGUCCAGUAAUCGCCUUACAAUGGCCAGAUGUGUCUCGAAUACAGAAGUCUCCCAAACGCAGCGCUUGAGCAAGACCCCGAGUCCGGCAAAGUCACGAAAGCGAGGAACAGUUGCCUGA